AUUAAAUAUUAUUCAAACUCAAAUGUAUAAUAUUUGUGAUAAUUUCACAUUCCAAUCAUUAAAUUUAAAUUAAUUUGAAAUGCUUUAUUUACUUAUUAGUACUUAAAACGUAGUUUUUAAUUAUAAUUCAUUACUAAUUAUAAAAAAAAUGGAAAAUGUUGAACAUUUAGUUGCAUUAAAAGUAAUGCGUCUAACAAGACCUAAACUAGCAAGUCCUUUAAUAGUUACAAGCGAAACAAAAGAUUUACCUGGCAAUUUAUUAAACAAUGAAUUAAAACAAGAUGUAACGGCCGCUCAAGGUGUAGAGACCAUUGGAAAAGGUCAAUUUUUAUUGUUACCACAAAGUUUUGGAACUAUUUUCUUAGGCGGAAUCUUCUCUAGUUAUAUUUGUGUUCAUAAUGAAACAAACGAACCAGUUCAACAUGUUUCAAUUAAAGCAGAUUUACAGACAAGUAAACAACGUGUUCGAUUAUCUUCAGACAAGUCAAUUGAUAAAUUGGGUCCAGAUGAUACACUGAAUGAUGUCAUACAUCAUGAAGUCAAAGAAAUUGGAACACAUAUAUUAGUAUGUGAAGUAAGUUAUUUAUCUAAAACCGGUGUAACGGUUUCAUUUCGUAAAUUUUUUAAUUUUGUGGUUAAUAAACCGCUUGACGUAAAAACAAAAUUCUAUAACACAGAAACAGAUGAAGUGUAUUUAGAAGCUCAAGUUCGUAAUAUUACUGGAGGUCCAAUUUGUUUGGAAAAAGUUGCAUUAAAUGCUUCAAAUUCAUUUACAGUAAAAUCGUUAAAUUCAGCGGAUGAGAACGAUGAAGAAAGUGUUUUUGGCAAAACAAAUAUUUUACAAGCACAUGCGUGUUGUCAAUAUUUAUAUUGUUUGAUACCAAAUGAAAGUCUACGCAGUAAUAUCAAGUCAUUGUUAACGUCAACCAAUAUUGGUAAAUUGGAUAUUGUAUGGCGUUCAAAUCUUGGUGAAAUUGGACGUUUACAGACAUGUCGAUUAGAAAAAAUGGGGAUAACAUGUCAUGAUAUUCGCCUUAUUGUCAAAGAUUUACCAAAUUGUGCUUUAUUAGAAAAAAAAUUUACGAUGACAUGUAAAGUUAUUAAUUGCUGUGAUCGUAAAAUGGAAUUAUCAUUAGAAUUAGAACAGAAUUUGAAUCGUGGUUUAUCGUGGUGUUGCUGUUCUGGUUACAAAUUAGCUGAAUUAAAUCCAACGGAAUCAUUAGAGUUCAGUGUAGAAAUGGUAGCAAUCAAGAGUGGUUUCUUAACAAUUGGUGGUAUCAAAUUAAUUGAUUCAUUUUUGAAUCGCACGUAUGAGUUUGAUCAAGUCGCUCAAAUCUAUAUACUCAAAUAUGAUGCCACUCAAUCUGAUUUAGAUUCAUUUCAAUAACAUUAACGUCAAUAUUUAAAAAAAUUGAAUGGCGGAUUAAAGCGGAUGGUAAAGAAAGCUGAUUGUCUUCUAGGUGUUCCAAGCAGGCAUUUCACUCGGGGAGAUAAUUAUUUCAAUUUUUACCCCUGAAAAUCAAUCAAUGGGUUUCCGUAAGUUCGCCUCUGUUAAACUGUUUCAUUUUUAUUGCAUUCUA